AAAUAUUGUCAAUUUGGUUUACCUAGGUAAUUUCAAUUUGUCGUGGAUAAAUAAAUAAAAAAUAUAAUAAAAGUUCCUUCUAUUGUUGUUUACAUGUAAUUUUUAACAUUUAAUUUAUACAACGUGUACAUUUUUACUUUUAUAAGUAAUGAAAUAGAUUUAAUGUAAAGUGAUUUUCUAAACAACAUUUUAUAGAUAACAUGGAAUUACUUGAUUUAUGCCAGUAAAAAAGAGUAAUAAACUUUUGGAACAAAGGAAAUCAUAAUGUCGUUCUUGAGAGGUUCAGAGAAUUAUGUGUGGUGUACGACGAGCGUCCUGGGCAAAGGCGCUACUGGCGCAGUGUUUCAAGGAGUGAAUAAGAAUAAUGGUGAACCGGUGGCUGUAAAAACAUUUAACCAACUGAGCCAUAUGAGACCACAUGACGUGCAAAUGCGAGAAUUUGAGGUUUUGAAAAAGGUGAAACAUGAGAAUAUUGUAAAAUUACUGGCUAUUGAAGAGGAGCAGGAGGGGCGCGGGAAAGUUAUUGUUAUGGAACUGUGCACAGGAGGGAGUUUGUUUAACAUACUGGACGACCCCGAGAACACUUAUGGCCUUCAAGAACACGAAUUUCUACUGGUGUUAGAACAUUUAACGGCUGGCAUGAAGCAUUUGCGUGACAACAAUUUAGUACACCGAGACUUGAAACCCGGAAACAUUAUGAAGUACAUCAAUGAGGAUGGCACUACCACAUACAAGUUGACAGACUUUGGCGCAGCUAGAGAGUUACAGGAAGAGGAGCAGUUUGUAUCAUUGUAUGGCACUGAAGAAUACUUACAUCCUGAUAUGUAUGAGAGAGCAGUAUUGCGAAAACCAGUAGGCAAGAGUUUUGGGGCCACAGUAGACCUGUGGUCCAUAGGAGUGACCCUGUAUCAUGUUGCAACAGGACAACUACCAUUCAGACCAUAUGGUGGCCGGAGAAAUAAAGAAACAAUGUUUUAUAUCACUACUAAGAAAUCAUCAGGAGUUAUUGCAGGAACACAAACGACAGAAAAUGGCCCUAUAGAAUGGUCUCGGGAGCUGCCCUCCCAUUGCCAGUUAAGCCAGGGCCUAAGGAAACUAGUCACACCAUUAUUGGCGGGGCUGCUGGAAGUGGAUCCACAUAGGAUUUGGAGCUUUGAAAGGUUUUUCUCGGAGGUGCAAACUGUCACAUCUACAAAACCCAUACACAUAUUUCAUGUGAACAAAGCAGUCAGUAUAAAGGUGUUCCUAAAGCCGGAGGAGAAGUACGAACACCUGCAGACGUACAUCUGCGAGCAGACGAGCGUCGUUGCCGAGACGCAGAUACUGCUCUACAAGGACACGCUGCUCACCUCCGAGAUAGAUGAAAACACGCUGGGCAAGAACUACCCGGACACGACGGCCGAGGAGCCGCUGCUGCUGUUCAACAAGAACAACAACAACGUGAGCAUGCCGCCGGAGCCGGAGAUACCCAAGUUCCCUGUAUUUCCUAAUAUAGUGUCCGUGGAGAACGACGCUAGUCAGGCUAAGACGGCGUGCAGCGUGGGCCACGUGAUCAAGCGGCGCGUGGAGGCGCUGUGCGGCGCGUCGGCGCUGAUGGGCGCGUGCGUGCGGCGCUGGGGGGCGCUGCUGGCGCGGCGGCUCGACGCGACGGCGGCGCGCACGGACGCGCUGGCGGCGCACGCGCAGCGCCUGCACGACGCGGCGCGCGCGCUCGAGCUGGCGGCGCGCGGCGCGGCUGCCGGGCCAGUGUCGGCCGCCGCGCUGCUGGCCGGCGAGGCGGAGGCGCUGCGCGCGGCGGCGGCGGCGCUGCGCGCGCGGCACGCGGCGGGCGGCGUGCGCGGCGACUGGGAGGCGGCGGCGGCGGCGGCGGCGGCGGCGUGCCCGGCGGCGCUGCGGCUGGCGGCGCGCGCGCGCGCGCUGGUGGAGCGGCUGCGCGACUCGUGGCAGCACCUGGUGCGCGACCGCGCCACGCGCUCGCUCACCUACAACGACGAGCAGUUCCACGUGCUCGAGCGCAUCACCGUCGCCGAGACCGGCCGCCGCGCGCGCGCGCUGCUGCAGCGCGCCGCGCCGCUCGCGCGCGCCCGCGCCGACGCCGUCGCCGACUGGUACAAGGUGGCGCAGACGGUGUACCUGCAGACGCAGAUCCUGGACAAGGACGCGGCGAGCGCGGAGCUGAAGCUGCUGGCGCUGGCCGCGCGGCUGCAGGACGCCGAGCGUACCGCCCGCGCACAGCUCGCGCUGCACAAGCAGGCGGAGGCGGGCGGCGCGGCGGCGGAGGCGGCGGCGGCGGCGGCGCGGGCGGGCGCGUGCUGCCGGUGCGGCGCGGUGAGUGCGGGUGGCGGCGGUGGUGGCGGCGGUGGUGGCGGCGUGGGCGCGGCGGGCGCGGGCGUGCGCGCGCUGCUGGCGGCGCAGCAGGAGGUGGCGGCGGCCGUGGCGGCCAACUCGGCGCUGGCCGCGCGCCUGGCCGCCGCCGCCGCCGCCGCCGCCGCGCGCGACCUGCAGCCCUAGCACGCGCGCGCGCGUACACCUACACCUACACCUACACCUACACGCUACUGCAUUUUAUUUGUACUAAAUAUAUUUAGCGACCAGUAUCUAUCUGAAGACGUCAAGAGCCCCCGAAACCACAGUACUUGCGUGCGUAGUGAGAGUGAACGAGGCACGAGAUGCGUGCAAGGAUAAAGACAUUUGACGUUCCGUUAUCUCUGCCUACCUCUCGAGGGACUCGAUAGAAAAAUAAAUAGUAAUAAGUAGUACAAUUAAAAAAAUAAAUAAUCACAGAGUAUGUUUCCGACACCACGGCAACUGAACACUUGUUGACACUAAUUUUUUCUGUCACUCCUAGCCUCUCUGCUCAAAAAUAGACGAUAGAAAACUACAAAUAUAAUAUUGUACUUGCCAACCGAGCGGAAAAGUAUUUGUAAAAAAUAAAAAACACUAAAGGUGCUCACCCUGUAUAUAAGGAGACAUUUUGUAUUUAAAUAAAAGACAGCAAUAAUUUAUCGUAUGUAAUUAUAUUAUUGUUCCAAUAAAAUAUAAAUAAAUUGUACAUGUAAUAUAUAGUUGUUAGAGCAACAGCAAUAAGAUUGAACGAUUUAUGUCGGAAACAAAAUAUUUUUAUAUACACAACGAACGUUCAUAUAUACAUCCAUAAUCCUAAAAGUUAGCAUCAUUGACACGACUGCGCUCGAAGCAAUGGAAAUACCAUUAUGGAAAAAUGUCACAUACCUCGCCAACACACGCCAAAUCUAAACCGUGUUACAUAUGUAGCCGUAUCACUCCAUCUGUUCGCGAUUUCCUACAAACUUCUUUGUCGAUUUAAAAAAAAUGGAUUAAUACUUCAAACAUUCCAAAAACAAAGGCAUACAUCGUUCAAUCUAUUUGCGGUCUCUAGUUGUAACCGAUUGGAAUGUAUAAAAACAGUAUACAAUAUAUCUUUAUACAGC